AUGUAUGUUGCAGGAGCGUUGGCCGGAUUGACCUUCGUUACCUCUUGUCUAGCUUCCCCUGGUUAUCUUAAGCUCGAUUUCCAGAAACGGCGGCAACACGAAGCAUGGCUGGCUCAGAGAGCAGUGGAUGGCACUGUGGAUGCCAUUUUAACCCAAGCCACCACCAAACUUGAAUACUUGGUCAACAUCACGGUGGGCACGCCUCCACAGAGUCUUGCUGUAACAUUGGACACUGGUUCAUCGGACCUUUGGGUUCCGGCAUCCUCAAGUACUCUGUGCAAGAAGGGAAAAUGCGAUGAGGGCAGCUUCACACGGACACGAUCAAGCACGUACAAGCUUGUCCAACAGGAUGGCUUUAAUAUCACCUAUGCCGGACCCGGCGACUCCGAUGCAGGCGAUUGGGCAAUGGAUACAGUAACAGUUGGAGGAUCGCCCUCUAUCAAAAACCAACAGUUUGGACUGGCUACAUCCCUUGUUGAUUCGCAUGGAGUGAUGGGCAUCGGCUACGAUACCAAUGAAGCGUACAAUCCAGAAAACGUGUACCCAACAGUCCUGGACAAUUUGAAGUCGAACGGCAUCAUCGAUCGGAAAGCUUACAGCCUGUAUCUAAACGACCUUCAAGCAAAUACCGGUGCUAUCAUAUUCGGCGGAAUCGACACUUCCAAGUAUACAGGCGACCUGAUCGCUUUGCCCUUCCAGCAAGGCCCAACUGGUGGUGUGACAGAGUUCUAUGUGACACUGACUGGGGUCUCUUUCACCGACCAUGCUGGCUCUACAACGCAGUUGACACCACAAGGUUACGCUCAGGCAGUCUUACUCGACUCGGGCACUAGCGCAACUCUCCUCACUGACGAGGUGUUCUCGGCUAUAGUUAAUGGGUUUGGGGCUGUUGGUAUUGGGGACGAUGAUUACGUCGUUCCGUGUAGCUAUGCAACUGCAGAUGGCAGUAUCAACUACUAUUUCGGCGGCGAGGGUGGCAUCAAUAUCAGCGUCCCUAUCUCACAACUUGUUGGGGGCCUGGACAUUCCACCACAGGAUUUCGGCGACAAGUCCGGUGGUUGUGACUUUGGCUUUGGUCCUCCAAUUGACGGAGUUUCGAUUCUUGGGGACACCUUCCUCAGGAGUGCCUACGCUGUUUUUGACCUUGAUAACAAUCUUGCGGCUUUGGCUCAAGCGGUUGAGAACAAGACCGACGUCUCCAGUAUCGCAGCCAUACCGUCAGGGACAAGCAUUCCGGGAGCUUCAGUGACGGCCACUGCCACCGGUACUCAGCUUUCAGGGGCCGCGACGACUGCAUUACCAGCCGUACCUACGGCAAGUGCACAGGGUUCCACGAUUUUAGCAGGCACGCCGACAUUCAAUCUUGGCGUGAGUGUGACCCGAGGAAGCUCGGCUGCGACAUCGUCGUCCUCUGGAUCAGCGAACGCCGCCACGCCGGGAGUGGUGUUACUCGGGUUAGGGUUGGCUGCUGGUAUUUUGGGGAUCUGA